AUGAAGUCCCAGGACCUUCCUACCUGUGAUGCCCCGCUUGCUGUCAACGAACAGCCAUUUAAGCUCGGUCCUUUGAAAUUACCUGCCAGAGGUGACCAGGUCAUCGUGAUGUCUGGGCAUGAGACGAUACGUGUGCUAGAGGUUGAGGUUGAUGCAUCUUUGUCUUCAUUGGGGUCUGAGGAGAAGAGUAGUGAGAUCAAAACAGAGGAGGGUAGGCCUCAACCAGAGAUUAGUCAACCACGGGAUGACCAUGCUGGACCGCAGAAUGGUGGUAAUAUACAAGCUGGUAAACAGCAAGCAGCAUCCGGAGAGGCGCAACACCCCGCUGUUCAAACCCUCACUCCGACUGUGCCAAUCAGCGUAUCGGUACCGCAGACUCCGGCGGCCACUGUGCCUGUCACGGUGCAAGGUUGUUCUCAGGUUCUGUCCCAAGAAAGUCUUGCCUCUCUGAUGACAGGCAUGUUGGCCCAGACAGGCUCCUUGGGCCAACCCCUGCUUAUCCCCAUUAGUAUGGCAGGUUCUAUUGGUGGCCAGGGGGGUCUAGCUGUUCUCACCCUGCCUACAAAUAAUGUGGCCACUCUCUCUGGACUGGCCACUGCCGCCACACAGUCUGCAAACCUCCUUAAAUUGCCCUUUGCUGGCCUUCAAGCAGCGACUGUUCUGAAUUCUAUUCAACCUCAACUACAAACCGGCCCUCAGGCGGUGUUCCAGUCUCCAGCAGGUUCCAUGCAACCAGUGCACACAGCCUUGCAACAGCCCUGUGGUGGCUUGACGUCCCAGACGACACCUGUUGUCAUCUCUGCUUCUCAAGAGGUUCAACCGACUACUGUUGCUACCCAGUCCAACAUAUCAGUGGCUGCGCUGCAGACGGCUGGGCUCUCCAUCAAUCCUGCACUGAUUAAUGCUGCAUCACUUGGUGUGCAGAACCAGUUUCUCAGUUCCCUCACUUCAAGCCCCAUUAUCACCAACGCUAUGUCCAACCUCCUGCCAAGUCAAAUUCUGACAACUACACAGGGGCAGGUGAUAGGAACUCUUCCGUUGUUGGUGAACCCAACUUCACUAACUGGGGGAGCUGCUACUCCAACCCUCCCCCUCCAGGGUCUGCAGGUUCAGACUGUCACCCCGCAGCUGCUCCUCAACAACCAGGGUCAGAUCUUUGCCGCGGUCGGGAAUGGAGCCGCCGCGAUGGGGGCCUCUAAUGCUGUUCUGCCCAAAGCUGCUGUCCCACUUACAACAUCUAAAUCAAACCCACUGUCACCGGCAACAGCUGCCACUCAGUUGCCAGUUGUCAUAGCCCCUCAGCCGUCAGUCCUCAAAAGCACCACCUCGCCAUCCUCUUCGCUCCCCAUCACCUGUGGCGAUGCAGCAAAAGUGGGCCAGCUUGUCAGCAAGCCCCAUCAGACUGUCAGCAGCGAGGAGGGCAUCAAUCUGGAAGAAAUACGUGAGUUUGCCAAGAAUUUCAAAAUCCGUAGGCUUUCAUUGGGGCUGACACAGACUCAAGUUGGACAGGCUUUGACCGCUACAGAGGGCCCAGCUUACAGCCAGUCCGCCAUUUGCAGGUUUGAAAAGCUGGACAUCACCCCCAAGAGUGCCCAGAAGUUGAAGCCAGUGUUGGAGAAGUGGCUUGCUGAAGCUGAGCAUUGGAACCAGAAAGGCCAACAGAACCUGAUGGAGUUUGUUGGUGGCGAGCCGUCAAAGAAACGCAAGCGGCGCACUAGUUUUACACCUCAAGCAAUUGAAGUCCUCAACUCCUACUUUGAGAAGAACUCACUGCCAACAGGCCAGGAGAUCACUGAAAUUGCAAAGGAGCUGAACUACGACCGAGAGGUGGUGCGGGUUUGGUUCUGCAACCGACGACAGACGCUGAAAAACACGAGCAAAAUUAACAUUUUUCAGAUACAGUAG